AUGAAUACUUAUAAUAUUCCUGACUUCCCACCUCCUGCUUAUAAUCAAAAUUCAACCGACGAUGAUCGUAUACUAACAACUUCUGAAAAUUUUGAAUACUCUGCAAAAAUCGAUAAUAAUUCUGAUAAUUUAAUAUAUUCUGAAGAAAUUACUAUUCAUAGGAAAACAAAAAGUAUUGAGCGUGUAAAUUCUCAAAAACAAUUAGUAAGAGGUGAUUCUGUUAAAAAAUUGAAACAACUUGAUAAACUUGAAUCUACAAAUGUUUAUGGUUCAAAACAAUCGGCUACAGCUUAUGAUGAUAUUGUAUCAAUGUAUUCUGAAAAUUUUGCUCCUCAUAAGACUGUAUCUGCAAGGAGGCUUGAUGCUGUUACACGUGUAAAUUCUCAAAGAAAACUUGUAAGAGGUGAUUCUGAUAGAAAAUUGCGACAACUUGAUAAGCCUGGUCCUGUAAAAGAUUAUGACUCUGAAAAUAUUACUCUUCAUAGAUAUGGUUCUACAAAGAAAAUUGAUGCUAUCUCACGUGUAAAUUCUCAAAGAAAACUCGUGAGAGGUGAUUCUAUUAGAAAAUUACAACAAUUUGAUAACCUCGAUUCUGAAAAUGAUUAUAAUUCAAGUGUAGUUGAAAGACAACCAACUACUGAUUAUGUAUUAAAUUCUGAAGAAGUUAUACUUCAUAGGAACGCUUCUGCAAGUUAUCUUGAAGCUGUUACACGUGUAAAUUCUCAAAGAAAACUUGAAAGAGGUUAUUCUACUAGAAAAUUACAACAACUUGAUAUAUACGAUCCCGAAAACGAUUAUGAUUCAAGCUUUACAACUGAUCCUAAUGAUAUAUUAAAUUCUGAAGAAAUUAUAUUAAAUAGGAUUGCAUCUAUAAGGAAACUUGAAGCUGUGACACGUGCAAAUUCACAAAGAAAACUCGCAAACAUUGAUUCUGUCAAUGAAUUACAACUCUCUGGUCAGAAUAGACCUUUAAGUGUUUAUGAUUCGAAUGUAACUGCGAGGCAACAAUCCAUAAUUUAUGAACAAUUCCAAUCGUGGUUGAUUAAUGAUGGUGCCAAAAAAUUAUUUUUUGGUGUAUGGAUAUUUCUCCAUAUCCUUGUAUUUUUUAUGGCUUUUCUCAAUUAUCUAUUUAAUGACGACUUGGAAAAUGCACGACAAACUUUUGGGUUAACUUAUGUAAUUGCACGUUCAUCUGCAUUGGUUCUACAUAUUGAUGUUGCUAUGAUUUUAUUUCCCGUUUGUCGAAAUUUAAUUACUUUACUUCGUGCUACUCCUUUAAAUGGGAUUAUUCCCUUUGAUAAUCAUCUUGAAUUUCAUCAAAUUAUUGGAUGGUCAAUUUUAUUUUUCACUAUAGUUCAUGUAGUUUCUCAUUGGAUUAACUUUUAUGAAUUAUCUAAGGCAUCAAAUGGUGGUAUAGGAAUGUGGUUUCAACUUAAUUUUGCUUCAGGUCCUGGUGCUACAGGUUAUGUAAUGUUAAUUUGUUUGAUAAUUAUGGUGGUUACUGCGAUGGAAAGUAAAAGACGGCGUCAUUUUAAUCGUUUUUGGUAUCUUCAUCAUCUUUUCAUUCCUUUCUUUGGUGCUUGGUCUUUUCAUGGAGCAUUCUGUAUGAUUAAACCAGAUCGGCCACCUUAUUGUAACGAUAUUGCUGUAUUCUGGAAAUAUUGGAUCGCAUCUGGUGUAAUUUAUAUUGGUGAACGUAUUCUUCGUGAAAUACGUGCGCGUCAAAAAACUUUUAUUUCAAAAGUUAUCAUGCAUCCUUCACGCGUUGUAGAAGUUCAAAUUAAAAAGGAAAAUAUUGUGACUAAAGCUGGUCAAUAUAUAUUUUUAUGUUGUCCAGAAGUAUCACCUUGGGAAUGGCAUCCUUUUACUUUAACUUCUGCACCUGAAGAAGAUUAUAUUUCUGUUCAUAUUCGUGUUGUCGGUGAUUUCACUGAAGCUUUGGCUAAAAAACUUGGUUGUGAUUUUGAAGAAGAAAAUUUUUCAAAAAAAAAUAGAGAUUGUAUAAAAAGUCAAAUUGAAGGAAUUGAUAUUUCUGCACUUAAAAAAAAUUUACCCAGAAUUAUGGUUGAUGGUCCUUUUGGAAGUGCAUCUGAGGAUGUGUUCAAAUUUGAAAUAGCAGUACUUGUUGGAGCAGGCAUUGGUGUUACUCCAUUCGCAAGCGUUCUUAAAAGCAUAAAGUCAACUACCCAACAAAAUCUACCAUGCUUCGAAAAGCAUAUUUCAUUUGGAUUUGCCGUGACUUCCCUUGAAUGGUUUCACUCAUUAUUAUUAGCUAUCGAGGAACAAGAUAUUAAACAAUUUAUUGAAAUUCGUACUUAUUUAACUGGCCGUCUACGUGACUCUGAAGUAAGAAAUAUAUAUACGAAUGACGGUGGAUUAAAAGAUACUGUUACAGGUCUUAGAUCACCAACACACUACGGGCGUCCUGUGUGGGAUAAAAUCUUUUCAGAAAUGAGAGAUCAAUAUCCAGCUACUGAUAUAGGUGUUUUCUUUUGUGGGCCAAAACCCAUUGGAAAACAGUUGCAAGAGAAAUGCAAUUUAUGGAGUCAAGGUUUUGAAGACGGUACAAGGUUUUUCUAUGGAAAAGAAAAUUUCUAA